UGGGAGGAGGAGGACAAUAACGAGGUCCUCCUGCGCGAACGGACCGCAGGGGGUCUGGUUCACCCUGUCGUAUACCUUCGGUGCCAACACCACCGUUGAUUGAUCCCAAGAAUAUGUAUAUCAACACGUGGAAACCCUAGUUUAUAUUGUUCCGUUGAUGGACGAGGAGUUAAUGGAGAAUCUCGUGGUGAGGAAGAGGAAUGUUUUCUCGAAGUUUUCUAUGGAAAGGUAAAGUAUCGUUGAAGAACCAUGAGGUGUUGUUUGUUUAUUGUCGUCGCCUCAGCGCUUUAUACGUCUGCCUCAAUUCAAUAUCCACCACAGAUUAUAAAACAACCACCGACAGAUGAGCUGCUCUUCCAGGUAGCCCAAACGAAUCUGAAUGAAAAUGACAAGCCUUUUGUGAUCGAGUGCGAGGCGGAAGCAGAGCCUGCACCAGAAUACCACUGGAUAAAAAAUGGCAAAAAAUUUGAAUGGCCGGCGUACGACGAUCGUAUUUCCCAGCAACCAGGUCGAGGUACUCUCGUUAUUUCUCGUCCGCGAGACGAAGAUCUCGGGCAAUAUCAGUGUUUUGCCGAGAACGAGUGGGGGAUCGCCACUUCGAAUUCAGUCUUUGUCAGAAAAGCAGAGCUCAACUCUUUUAAAGAUGAAGAUCCAGUGACAGUGGCAGCGAAUGAAGGCGAUCCUUUUAGCAUGACUUGUCAGCCACCAGAUGGUUGGCCCAAGCCCCACGUUUAUUGGCUUAUUCAAGAUCUGGGGGGCAUAAUAAAAUCCAUCAACAAUUCUAGGAUGACUCUAGAUCCUGAGGGAAAUCUUUGGUUCUCGAAUGUUACCCGGAAUGAUGCGUCUGAUGGUUUCUAUUAUGCCUGUGCAGCAACCUCCCUUUACAGAAAGGAAUUUAAAAUGGGAAAUCGUAUCUCUUUGGAUGUCAUAUCAUCAGGAUCAUCAGCUUCACGAAAUAAGUACGAGCCGAAACGUCAAUAUCUCUCUAGGAAAAAUCAAGUGGCUUUACGAGGUAAAAAAAUCGAGUUGUACUGCAUAUUUGGAGGUACACCGCUGCCUGAAAUAGUUUGGAUGAAGAACGGGAUGAGAAUAAAAUCGAACGAGCGCGUAACUCACGGAAAUUAUGGUAAAUCGUUAAUAAUAAAACAAACAAAUUUUGAAGAUGAAGGAACUUACACUUGUGAGGCCUCCAAUGGUGUUGGAAAAGCUGCAACACACUCGAUGGAUCUGAAAGUUAUGGCAAUUCCAUACUUUACGAUAGAACCAGAGAUUCAAACAGCCGCAGAAGACGAAACCGUAGAAUUCCGAUGUGAGGCCAGUGGAAUUCCCGAGCCAGAGAUACAAUGGAUUCACAAUGGUAAACCAAUUGCUGAGGCUCCCCCAAAUCCUCGAAGGAAAGUCACUGCUAACAGAAUUAUCAUUGAAAAAUUGACUAAAAAAGACACUGGAAAUUAUGGCUGUAACGCCACUAAUUCUUUGGGUUAUAUUUACAAGGACGUUUAUGUAAACGUCCGCGCCCUUGAGCCUGAAAUCACUCAACCACCAGAGAACAAAGCGACAAUUGAUGGAGAGACUAUAAUAAUGAUUUGCAAAGUUUUUGGUGCUCCAAAACCUGAAGUAAAAUGGAUAAGAAAUGGUUUAGAACUCACUGGAGGUCGUUACAAGACUCUAGAAACGGGUGAUCUCGAGAUAACAAAUAUUAAUUUCGGUGAUGCAGGAUCUUAUACUUGUCACGCAGCCAAUAAAUUCGGUCAAGUUGAAGCGUCAGCAGUCCUUGUAGUAAAAGAACGUACGAGAAUCAUUGAAACCCCUGAGGAUUACGAAGUGGUUGCAGGUGAAACAGCCACAUUCCGAUGUAAUGCAGUUGCCGACUCGAAUUUAACACUUCAAAUCGAUUGGUUAAGAAACGAUGAAAUUUUGGAUACAGAGACAGAGCCCAGAUUUAUCAUAACUAGUGAUUAUUCCCUAUCGGUGACCAAAACCACUGAAUUAGACUCGGGCGUUUACACUUGUUUGGCUACCACCGAGCUUGAUACGAGAAAAGCACAAGCAACAUUAAUUGUUCAGGACGUGCCCAAUGCUCCUAUUCUCAAAGAAACAAAAUGUCUUCAGAAACAGGCGAGAGUCUCCUGGCAGCCAAUGGGCGACAAUCGUGCGCCAAUUCUUCGUUACGCCAUUCAAUACAACACAUCAUUUACUCCUGAUUCCUGGGAAAUCGCUCUGCCUUCUAUUUCAGCUGCUGAGCAGACAUAUUUGGUCGAUAUGUCCCCUUGGGCCAAUUAUACUUAUCGCGUUAUUGCUUGGAAUAAAAUAGGACCCUCAAUUCCAUCUCCACAUUCAACAGUUUGCACAACUCAGUCGGAUGUGCCAUACAAAAAUCCCUCCAAUGUUAUGGGCAAUGGAACAACACCCCAGAAUCUCGUCAUAAGUUGGACUGUGAUGCCUCAGAUUGAGCAUAAUGCACCUAGAUUUAUGUACAGAGUUUAUUACAGGAGAGAUAUACCUGGACAGGAUUGGAUGAGAGACGAUAUUCAUAAUUGGAGAACGAAUACGUUUGUAGUGGAUAAUCAACCAACAUAUCAGCGUUAUCAAAUUAAAGUAACUGCGAUCAAUGAAAUUGGAGAGUCGAGAGUUGUGCCUGAUAUCGUUAUUGGACAUUCUGGUGAGGAUCAGCCGACAGCUGCUCCUGGCAAUUUUCGAGUGAAGGCUUUGUCAAGUACCACUGCAAUGCUUACGUGGACUGGAGUUCCUUUAGACACAGUUAGAGGAGAAUUGAGGGGUUACAAAGUACAGACAUGGACUGAGAGAGAUGGUGAGGAUGGUAUGAGGGAGAUUACGAUAGCAGGUACUGACAGCACUAGUGCAGUCAUUAAUAAAUUCGUCCCGUUUAACAAGAAUUAUGUGAGAAUCUUUGCGUUCAAUGGACGAUUCAAUGGUCCUCCUUCGGAAAUAUUGAGCUUUGAAACUUCUGAAGGAGUACCUGGAACUGUCCUAAGUCUUGAUGCCUAUCCAUUGGGAUGUUGUGCCUUAUGGCUGAGGUGGACUAAGCCAGCUGAGCCGAAUGGUAGACUGACUGGCUACAGGAUUUAUUAUCAGAUGGUCAACGGAACACGGCUAGGAGCACUAUUGGAACGUCAACCCCAUGUGCUGGAUCCUCAGGCGACUGCCACUAAAUUAGCCAGUUUGAAACCUGAAACUAAGUAUAGGGUUCAUAUCAAGGCUACUACAAACGCUGGUGAAGGUGUAAACUACUAUAUUGAGGAGACCACGAAAGCUUCUCGUAAACCAGACGUUCCGACAUUCAGAUGGGAGAAUGUUCCAACUUACAAUGGUUAUUCCACUGUGAAAAUCAUAUGGUUGCCGAAUAAUCAAGGGUACCCUGGCAGUCACUUCUUCGUUAUCUAUAGGCUGUAUCAUCAUCCCCAUCAACUGCAGACUGAUCCCGAGUUCCAGGGUAACGAGAUCAAUAUUAGGGGACUACAGGCUGGCCAGACCUAUGAGAUAACAGUGGUAGCAGUCGAUGGAAAGUACUUGACCAAGAGUGAACCACAGUUGGUGUGGACAACCACUGAUGGGCCUAUCGUCGAGCCAGUUGAGGGUUUCUUUAUUACUGGAUGGUUUAUUGGCUUGCUACUAGCAAUACUACUCCUUAUUCUAUUACUGGUACUUGUCUGUAUGGUAAGACGUAAUCGUGGAGGGAAAUAUGGAGUCCUGGAACGAGACUUGACGGGAGGGAGAAACGAAUACCCAGAUGGAUUCAGUGAAUAUUCACAACCCCUAGACACCAAAUCCGCUGGGGGUCGAACUUCUGCUGCUUCAUCGUCUCAUCAUGAUGGAAGACAUCAUGACUCUGAUGAGGAUUCUAUGACCGAAUAUCAGGAGGGGAAUACUGCAGAGGGUAUGAACGAAGAUGGGUCAUUCAUUGGUCAGUACGGACGAAAAAAGGCGGAGCCCAAUCCUAAGGCCUUUGCUACCGUGGUUUAAGGAAGGUCGUUUCACAGAAGAUGGAUCAUUUAUUGGAGAGUAUGGCCCAAAAAAUCAAUUAGGUCCAUCUGACAGUCCUGGCACAAGCGCAACGUAUAUAUAAUUGAAGAUAAAAACACAUGUUUGUUUGUGUCUCAGCCUUCCGAGGAUAAAGAAUAUAUCUCCUACCGUACGUUAUACCCAGAAUCGACAAAUGAAAAAAUUAUUUAUAUGAAUCUCAUGAGAUUUAAUAUCCAUUUUUGUAUUCUCAUUGCACAUUGUGCAUCAACGACUCGAGAAAUAUUUUAUACUAUAGAUAGAAAUAUGAAACAGUCUAUUGACUGUUAACGGUUUUUAUAAUUUUGUUACUACAAAUUCCGUCCAAACAUUGUCUAGUUAAUUAAUUCUAGAUUUAAUCAUAAUUUUGUACGCUAGUUAAAUGAUAGUAAAGAUCAUAUAGAAUUU